CGUUGAAGAACUUGGCCAUGAACAAACAAUGGAUGGUGAAGAAAUCGAUGUUGAUGGCCGCGAGGAGCAGGGGAAAGAAGAGAAGAUGGAGAAGGCUCAUCACUUGGAGGUAGAUGAAGAGGAGGGUGAUACUUAUGACUUUGACGUCAAAGAUCAAGAUUUUGAAGAUGGAGAAGACAUUGACAAUGAAGACAGUUCAGUUGGAGCCAAGACAUACACAUCCAAAAUAAAUGUGCUCAUCCAAAAACAGUUGUUUCGAGAAGUGGGAUCCAAUGCCAGUAUUGAACUUGGUGAUGAAGAUCACGAAGAUUAUGUAAAAAAUGAGGAAGAGGAAGAAAAAGAGGUGUUGAAACAGUCAAUUGAUGAAGAUGAAUAUACUGAUGUCAGCGGAGCUGAAAAGCUUGAUGUUCUUGAUGUAGUGGCUGACAUUGAAGAAAUGGCCCAAUUUCCUGAUACUGAUGGGGAUUACUCUGAAAUCAUUGAUGAUGAUGAUGAUGAUGAUGAUGAUGAUGAUGAUGAUGAUGAUGAUGAUGAUGAAAACAACAACAACAGUGAGAGCAAGAAAGCUGGUGUCAAAAGGAAGAUAAAUGUUCCAAUUCCCUUUAAGAUGGCUAAAAGACUGGGAUCGAGGGCCCACCUUCAAGAUGAUGGGGAGCCCGAGGAUAAAGAUGACCAAGACAAAGACAUUCAACGUGCCAGAGUUCUCAGACAAUCCAAGGAGAGGCAAGCUAGAGAAGAAGUAGAAGAAGAGGUAGAAGUGGUCCUUAAAGCGAUGAGGGAUGCACAAUCCACGAAAGAGGCAGAAAAUAAGAAAUUGGAGGACAAGACGGAAAAGAAAGAGGAGCAGGCCGUGGAGAAAGCAAAGCCUGAGGCAAGGCCCAGUGUGAAGAAAGCAGAGAAGACAGGACCCAAAGAAGAAGAGCCCAAAAAGAAGACUGCCAGAGAGGAGAAAGUGGUGAAAAAGGAGACUAAACAUUUGAAGAAGAAAGUUAUCCAUGACUUUUUCAACAAGAACGUUGUGGUGGAACCCAAGAAGAAGCUGGACAAAAAGGUGAAGGAGACAAAGAAGGAUGUUGAGUCAACUCUUUGGAAAUCUGACGAUGAAUCCAAGAACCAUGUCAAGGUGGUGAAGACAAAAGAGUCCACCAUGAAAAAAGAACAUAUUGAUGUUAAUAAAGAAGACGAUGAAUCCAAGAACCAUGUCAAGGUGGUGAAGACAAAAGAGUCCACCAUGAAAAAAGAACAUAUUGAUGUUAAUAAAGAAGACGAUGAAUCCAAGAACCAUGUCAAGGUGGUGAAGACAAAAGAGUCCACCAUGAAAAAAGAACAUAUUGAUGUUAAUAAAGAAGGCAAAAAGAAACCUGUCAAAGAGGUGAAGGAAGAAAAGACAGCUAAACUACCAGACAAAAAAGUAAAGGUAAAAAAAACAGAACUUGAGGUUCUAAAGGAGGAGGCUAAGCUGGUGACUGUUAAGAAAGAGCCGAAGGAAGCUAAGGAACCAGCCAAACCAGAAGCUACCAAAAAAGAAGCUGAAGUUCCCAAAGAAAAAACCAAAGCAGCUACAUCAAAGAAAGAUGCUGAAGCAAAAGAAAAAGGUAAACUAGCGCCAGAAAAGAAAGGGAAAGACAAAGCAACUCCUGCAAAUGAAGAUGUCGCAUUUAUUAAAGAAAAGGUGAAAUCAGCCACUGCAAAGAAAGAUGCUGAAGCAAAAGAAAAGGGCAAACUAGCGCCAGAAAAGAAAGGGAAAGACAAACCAACUCCUGCAAAUGAAGAUGUCGCAGUUAUUAAAGAAAAGGUGAAAUCAGCCCCUGCAAAGAAAGAAGAUGAAGUUCCCAAAGAAAAAACCAAAGCAGCUACAUCAAAGAAAGAUGCUGAAGCAAAAGAAAAGGGCAAACUAGCUGCAGAAAAGAAAGGGAAAGACAAACCAACUCCUGCAAAUGAAGAUGUCGCAGUUAUUAAAGAAAAGGUGAAAUCAGCCCCUGCAAAGAAAGAGCCCAAGGAAACUAAGGAACCAGCCAAACCAGAACCUGCAAAAAAAGAUGCUGAAGCAAAAGAAAAGGGCAAACUAGCGCAAGAAAAGAAAGGGAAAGACAAACCAACUCCUGCAAAUGAAGAUGUCGCAGUUAUUAAAGAAAAGGUGAAAUCAGCCCCUGCAAAGAAAGAGCUCAAGGAAACUAAGGAACCAGCCAAACAAGAACCUGCAAAAAAAAAUGCUGAAGCAAAAGAAAAGGGCAAACUAGCUGCAGAAAAGAAAGGGAAAGACAAACCAAUUCCUGCAAAUGAAGAUGUCGCAGUUAUUAAAGAAAAGGUGAAAUCAGCCACUGCAAAGAAAGAUGCUGAAGCAAAAGAAAAGGGCAAACUAGCGCAAGAAAAGAAAGGGAAAGACAAACCAACUCCUGCAAAUGAAGAUGUCGCAGUUGUUAAAGAAAAGGUGAAAUCAGCCCCUGCAAAGAAAGGGAUUUGGGCCUUGUCGAGUGUCUGA